UUUAUUUUAUGUCUGUAUAUUAUCUACUUCGUUUAUCCGUAUUUAUCCGGACGGGUAAGUUCGGGUCGAGCAUGAAUGCUUACGUCAUGAUUGUUUAUAUUUUAGAUGGUUCAGCCGGUAGUUUUAAAGAAGAGACACAGUCUGAAGGGGCUUACGUUGCUACCUGUAAUCAGGAAGGUAAAGGAUGGGCAGUUAGAAAAUGUUAAGGAGUUGGCGAGAAUCAGUGUCGGGAAGCGCACAGAGGCGCUGCAGUUGAGGGAUAUCGCCAAGGCAGUGAUGGAGAUAACGGGAGAACCAAUGGAUGAGUUGUUGGAGUUAGCAGGGAAAGAUAUUCGAGAUUGUGACGCAGCAAAGUUACUGUUGCACUAUUGUGUACUAGCAGCGAAUGAAAGGGGACAGCCCAAAGGGCAGGUGUUGCAGGAUGAUGAAGCGGGUCCGAGUACAUCUGGUGCACCUGCAGAGAGACAGAAUCAGACUGAAGACAAUACUGUGGAGAAUGAGGCCACCCCAGUGAAAAAGAGAAAGACGAUUGAUGACAUGGAAAGGAGACUGCUGAUGCUAGAGAAGUUGGAGAAGGAGGAUGUUUCGAAGGAGGAUAAUGGAGCGUCAGUGUUGAUUAAUGAUAAUCAGGUUACUGCUGAGUUUGACAAGAUGGUAGAAUUUAAUCCCAUGAGAAUAGUUCCUCGUCAGAAGGGAGAAUGGGUGACAAUCAGUGGUGGGACUCCUUCACUUGCAACCCACCGAGUUAGUGCAGAAUCUGUAAUUGAAGGUUCUGAUUUUGAUAUGAACCAGUUGCUGGUAUAUAGUCCAGAUUCAUUUAUUGCAGGACAGUUGAAUAGAAAUGUUUUGGCCUGGGAAUAUGUGUUAGAGAGGAGUGGAGUGAAUGAAGAUAUGAUAUUGAGGGUGAGAAAGUGGCUUACAGAGGGAGUGGAUGUGACAGAGUUUUUUACUCAUUUUAAAGGGAACUUUCGUGGAAAGUCAUUUGAUUCUGAGUUGCCCCCAAGUGCUGUAUUCCCUAACUCUGCUUUAUGUAAAAAGUAUCAUGCUUUUAUUUGUGAUGUUUUGUAUGAAAAGAUAAGGUCAGGUGCUAUAAGAGUGCUUGGUAAAGUCGGUGAGUGUGAGAUGCCCCAUAUUGUGAUGCCAUUGACAAUUGAACCAAGUAAACCAAGACUAUGUCAUGAUGACAGAUUUUUGAACCUCUGGGUGAAGGAUCUUCCCUUUCAGCUGGAGACUUUGAGAGAUGUUCAUAGGCUUGUAGGGUGUAAUGCAUUUCUGAUAACGACAGAUGAAAAAUCUGGAUACGAUCAUGUUAGGUUGUCCAAUGAUUCUCAGGGAUACUUUGGGCUUAUUUUUGGUGGUUAUGUUAUGGUGUAUACGGUAAUUCCUUUUGGGUUCAAGGCAUCGCCUUUUAUAUACCAGACAAUUGGGAUGGUUGUUACGUCAUACCUUCGGAGUCGGUCUAUAAGUACUGUACAAUAUAUUGAUGAUAGGUUGGCUAUCGCGAAUGUCUCUGGUGCUGUGGACCCAUAUGUAGAAGGUUGUAAGGUCGCAUACAUAUUAGUAGAAGUGUUGACAAGGUUGGGUUAUACUUUGGCUUUAAGGAAAUGCUCGUUUGUUCCAUUGACAUGUGUCAAGUUUCUGGGUUUUUUGGUUGAUUCCAAAAAACAAGCUUAUAUUUUGCCAGAGUGCAAGAAGUUGAAAUUUGCUGAUUUGAGAGAAAGUAUUCUUGGUUCAAAAGAACUUACUGUGAAAACUCUUCAGCGAUUUGCUGGUAAAUGUAUAUCAAUGGGCCUUGCAGUUCCUGGUUGUAGGCUGUUUUGUAGGGAGGUUAACUUGGCAAUUUCUAGAGCUGUAAAAAGUAGUAAGCAUGUGUGUUUGACUGAUGAGCUGAGGGAGGAAUUAGAACAUUGGCGUUUUCUAGAUUCUUGGGAAGGUUGUUGUCAGUGGAGAAGUGAGUGUCAUCAGCAGGUUAUGUUGUCUUCAGAUGCAUCCUUGUACAAGUACGGGGCAGUGGUAGAGCAGGGUAGGAAUAGGUAUGAGAUUAGUGAUUUUUGGGAAGAGAAUGAUCAAAGACCUAUUCAUUUAAAGGAGGCAGAUGCUGUUUAUAAGGUGUUAUUGGCUCUUGGAGAGAACAUAGCUAAUUCUAGAGUACAUGUGCUAACAGAUAACAUGGCUGUACUUAGUGUCUGGCAGAACCAGGGGGGAAAGGACAGGGCGUUGAACUGUAUUACAAAAUGUAUUUUUUCUUUGACUUUGAAGUUGAAUUUUGAGUUAAAUUUACAGUUUGUUCCUUCGAAGUUAAAUGAGGCUGAUGCACCUUCGAGACAGAUUAGUUAUGCUGACUCAAUGUUGGAUGGGAAGACUUGGGGUAUAGUGGAAAAAGUAUUUGGUCCCCACACUGUUGAUUUAAUGGCAAGUGAUUCUAAUUCAAUGAAGGCCAAGGGGGGUGGGGUAUUGCGUCAUUUUACACCAUGUCCAAUGCCAUUCACUGCAGGGGUUGAUGUGUUCGCACAAAAUAUUCGAAAGGAGUUGAACCCCUAUGUAUUUCCUCCAUUUGGUAUGGUUUUUCCAGUUUUAUCAUUUUUGAAGGAACAAGAAAUUCCUGUAUGUACAUGCAUUCUUCCAUAUAGACAACCAGUGCCUGUAUGGCAGCCCCUCGUUGAGGAGUGUAAGAUAUCUAGUGUGGUGUUAGGCUGGCAGGGGGAAAAGGGGGUUAUUCGGGUCCCUACAAAGAAGGGAUAUGUUCUUGAUAAUAAGGGGCUGAAAUGGGCAUUGAUUGCUUACAGGUUGACAUUUUCAGAGAAUAAACCUGUUUAAUCUUUUUCAGGUAGGGAGUGUCGAUGUUCAAGUCUUGGAUGAGAGGUUAAAGGAGUUAGAUGCAAGGAGGUCUUCUUCACUGGAUUCAAAGAGGCAGGAUUGUUUGAAAAGGGAAAUUACUGAAUUUCUU